AUGGUACCUCCUACUAAACGUAAGGUUUUUAAUGGACAGAAACUCAAACCAAUCAUAAAGUUACUGCGUUCUCGUGAAUUAGGCACGAGUCAGUACAUUGGUACGGGUCAGAUACCAGAGUCUUCAUCUAAGUUCCCAUUCGUAUGGCAAAGACGCAGUCUGGAUCCUGGCCAUAGAAAUAAAAUUUUCGCCUGUCAGUGGAUUACCAAUAACCAUGUUGUCUAUGGUACAAAAUGUAACAAUUUAGUUCUAUAUGACUGCUCUUCAAAUGAAAGCUUUGACAUUCCUUUGAUAAAAUCAGAUACUCCAUAUGCAAAUCAAAUUAAUCCUUGUGCUUGUGGCAUUCAUUCCAUUCAGCUCAAUACAUCGAAAACGUUUAUAGCUACAGGGGGAGAUAAUGUCAAUCAUAUCGGAGUCUAUAGAUUGUCGGAAUUUUCUCCUCACUGUUUACUUUGCGAUUGCCAUAAUGAUUGGGUUUUUGACUUACGGUGGCUAGAUGAUACCUGUUUAGCGUCAUGUUCGCGAGACUCAUCGUUAGCUUUAUGGCGGAUUCCGUCUUCCGAACAAUACCCUAACAAUGACAACAGAAUAUACCAAAGUGCCAACGCCGCACCAGAUUCAUCUGUAUUCCAUAUCCGACGUCCUAUCGCGUACGCCAUGUCAUCUACACCUGAUGAUCGUUUUCGUGCUUUGGAGUAUCUUCCGACCCAGACAAGCCUUGCAGUUGUAUCAAUGUCGCGUCGCCUGUACUUAUAUGACGCUGUUCGAAUGGGUCUGGAUAAACGGACACGUCCGAUUUACACUUUAGUUUUGAGAGAUGCUUAUCAGGAAGCUGUAGCUCUUCGACGUUGGCCAUCUGAACCUAAUUGCAUAGCACUUGCAACUCAUCACUGUGUACUUUUGUUUGAUAUUCGGUGUUCUACAGUCAAGGUCGGAGCUGCAGCACGCUGUAUACUUCCUCCUUUAGAUGUGUCAGGUGUCCGGUCUUUAAACUUUGCUGAAUCAGUUUUGUCUUACGGCACUUCCAGUGGUCAAGUGCACUUUUAUGACCUUAGAAGUGAUCAUCAUCUGCCAAUACAGUUGGACGUUGGUCCUGGUUGGUUGAAACCACAAACAUGUGACGAAUUCGAGAUACCGUCUGUUGUGUCUUCUUCAGUUGCCCCUAUUUCCAGACCGGUUUCACAACCUCAAGCAACAGUUCAAAGUUCUAACUGGAAUGCACCUUCUCCACCACCUUCCCCUGCACAUCCAGCUCUUUUGACACGGUCUCUAAAUACUGUUCGUUCAUCACAACUUAGGGCUGAAGUUGUUAACAAUAUACGUGUUCGUUUAGAUAGAAUCCAACAUCGUUUGUCAAGUUUACGUAGUCGGCGUAGCAUGGCAGUGGCUGGAGCUUUAAACACCUACCCAGUUGUCGAGGCGUCGGUGUCUGAUAGGUCAAUUUAUGCUAAUCUUCGAAGUGAUACAUAUCAACAGAAUACCACUACAGAGGAUGGUAAUGAUUCUUCAUUAUCUGAAUCAUACUUCCCAAUCGAUGACCUCCAGUCAACCACAAAUAAUGAGACUGCGACGGUGGAUUCUCUGGAUGGUAAUAAUCAAAGUUCAAGUGAACCAAAUGAAAUUGAUACACCUUCUACACAUGUAGUAAUGCCUUUCGGUUUACCACGUUUACAAAUCCGUGAUCCACAUUUAGGACCUAUUUUUUUAGGAAUGAAUUAUUUUGGCAAUAUUCAUUCUGAUUUUGUAUCUUUUCCUACAUUUUUCAACCAACGUCGAAUGCUGGCUGUUUAUACACAUGAAUAUGACCCUUCAGGUACACGUUUGUUCACAGCAGGUGGUCCAAUCGCUUCCACAUUUCAUGGGAAUGUCGCUGCCUUAUGGGAGUAA